UUUUUUGUUUCCUUUUAUUUCCCCUUUCCAUACAUUUUAGUUUUAACUUUCCCCCACUAGGGUCAUAGAUGUCCCUUUUUCCUUCUGAUAUUUUUUAAGCCACGUGGAUUUCUUUCCCUUCCACCCCUUUGGCAAAAAUUAAGGAGGUCAAAUUGUAGCUUUUUCACAUAAUUCAGUUCAGUGAGCUUCUCACCCUUAACCUACCAGAAACCAUUGGGAAAUUUGGACUGGAAUGAGUCAGCAGCCAUAUAAGGCAACUGACCCUUCAGUAAUUUUUAAAAUCAUACUACACAUACUUUCCAUUGCUAACUUUUUACACAGCCACAUGUAAAUCGUUUUUCAGUAUAGUCUUUAAAUUACAUAUGUCCCCAUUCUGUAUCACUUUUACUCACAAUGUUCUUUGCUUUACCCCUGGCCUUUAACCAGAGGUCAGCCCCUCCCCUUUCAGGAAGAAAGGCUGGAGUUUAAAUUUACAAAGUGAAUCGAUUUGGUUAUUUGUGAACCUCGGCCUAUGCAUUUUCAUAUUGCCUUUGGAGGGAAAAUGCUGGCUCGGUCUUUGAAGAAUACGUGAACUGAUGAGAAGCUAGUAAGACUUUGCCUUGCAUAAGAUAAGAUGGUUUCUAGCCUGACCACUAUACUCCAAUGUAAUUCAUCAAGUUCCCAAAGACAAGUGUUUGGUCCCAGUUUGCUGUCAGCACAUUUGCUGCCAGUGUGAAUUUUUUUAUUUUUUUUUUAUUUUAAAUGUUUCACUUGCAAUGUUUUAACUUGCAUUGUCACUCUAUUACAGGGGGUUUCUGGGUUGGGUCAAAUCUAGAGAUGUGGAGUUGUCCUACUGGUUACAGGCCAUCUUAUCUUGUGCUAGAGGGGGGUUAAGGAGUGGGGAGGAGCAUCAGGGAGCCGCAAGCUCCCCUGCUCUGUCGCUCCACCCCCCGCGCGCUCGCUAAGGAUUGGUGGAGUGCGCGCAUAGAGCUGUCUUCCUGACCCUUCUGCUAUGACCAAUUGGUGUUAGUUAUUUUUAUUAGAAAUUUGAUCGCUAAUAAAAUCUGUGCUCAGCUGGUUAUCAACUCUGAUCACCGCUGCCAUUGAAUCGAUUUCUUUAACAGAGCUAGUUUUCAAGUCACUUAAAAUGGUCCAUGCGGCAUCAGGCAGAUAGCUCCCAAUCUGCAUUCCACCACCUGCGUCAGAUGCUGGUAUAGAAAGGCAAAAGUACGCGCAGCAACAGCGAUGAUCUCUUUAUUUCAGAUUUGUGGAGGCUUCUAGAUACAAAUAAUUAAACCACAGACUUUUCUCCCUACCCCAUUGGCCAGGAUUCAAGAAAGCAGGCCAGGAUAAAGAAAUCCAAGUCUGAAAAACAUUUCAUGAAAAUGCUAAAAGAAUAACUGAAAGGCAAUGAUUAAUACUUUUUCCCUUUUCUUUCAAACGUGUAAUAUUCCCGGAGACAUGGGAUCAGUUCAUUUGGGUAAGAUCAAGCCAGUAACUGCCCUCCUGUAGUUGGACAAGCAAACCAAAUUGAUGGACAGCUGGAUGCCUGACAAUAUUUAAUUGAUAAACUGAUCACAUCAGAGCCUUUCUUCCCUCCUUGUUACUCUUCAAGCAUUCCUUUUGUUUUCUUUGAAAUGAAACAUUCAUUGCAUGAAUGGAAACUACGAAUAGUCAGUUUUCUGUUUGUUGUGAUUUGGAAGAACCUGUUAUAUCUCCAUAUUUUAAAAAAAGAAUUUAUUGUUUGAAAACUUUACUAACGAUCUUGUUGUCUGAUUUUGUCUUUUUUGGUUUUUCCACAACUGAUAUUGUUAUUUAGAAGGUUUCAGGUGGGUGAAACUAUUCCUGCGUAGGUGCCUGGCGGAAAGGAACACUAGGGCAGCCUCAGUCCUCUCCUCUUCUUCCAGCCAGCUGCGGCCACCACUCUGACAAAGUCCAAAAAUAUGGCUUGUUACCUGAAAGCCAUUGAGACUCAGCCCAACUUUGCAGUGGCUUGGAGCAACCUGGGCUGUGUCUUCAAUGCCCAGGGAGAGAUAUGGCUGGCCAUACACCAUUUUGAAAAGGCGGUCACUCUGGACCCAAAUUUCCUGGAUGCUUAUAUCAACUUAGGAAAUGUUUUGAAGGAAGCCAGAAUCUUUGACAGGGCUGUAGCUGGUUACCUGAGAGCCCUGAGUCUUAGCCCCAACCACGCGGUUGUCCAUGGAAACCUGGCCUGUGUCUACUACGAGCAAGGUCUCAUUGACCUGGCUAUUGACACCUACCGUCGUGCUAUUGAACUGCAGCCCCACUUCCCAGAUGCCUACUGCAACUUGGCAAAUGCCCUGAAGGAGAAAGGCAAUGUGUCGGAAGCAGAAGAGUGCUACAACACGGCCUUGCGUUUGUGUCCAACCCACGCGGACUCCCUUAACAACUUGGCCAAUAUCAAGCGUGAGCAAGGCAACAUUGAGGAUGCAGUGCAGCUGUACAGAAAAGCCCUAGAGGUGUUCCCAGAGUUUGCAGCAGCUCACUCUAACUUGGCCAGUGUCCUGCAGCAGCAGGGGAAACUCCAGGAAGCACUCAUGCACUACAAGGAGGCCAUUAGAAUCAGCCCCACAUUUGCUGAUGCCUACUCAAACAUGGGUAAUACACUGAAGGAGAUGCAGGAUGUACAAGGCGCUCUUCAAUGCUACACCCGUGCCAUCCAGAUAAACCCUGCCUUUGCUGAUGCACACAGCAAUUUGGCCUCAAUCCACAAGGAUUCUGGAAACAUCCCAGAGGCCAUUGCAUCUUACCGCACAGCCUUGAAACUCAAGCCAGACUUCCCAGAUGCUUACUGCAACUUGGCACAUUGCCUCCAGAUUGUGUGUGACUGGACAGAUUAUGAUGAGCGAAUGAAGAAGCUUGUGAGCAUCGUCGCUGAUCAGCUGGAUAAGAACCGCUUGCCUUCGGUGCACCCACACCACAGCAUGCUUUACCCACUCUCUCACAACUUCCGCAAGGCGAUUGCUGAGCGCCACGGGAACCUUUGUCUGGACAAGGUACACAAAAUGAUGAAAGUCAACGCGCUGCACAAACCUGCUUUUGAGUAUCCCAAAGACCUGAAGGCCAGCAGUGGACGUCUGCGUGUCGGAUAUGUCAGCUCUGACUUUGGCAACCACCCGACGUCUCAUCUGAUGCAGUCCAUUCCUGGAAUGCACAAUCCUGAGAAAUUUGAGGUGUUCUGCUAUGCGCUAAGCCCGGACGAUAGCACCAACUUCCGUGUCAAAGUGGUAGCAGAGGCUCAUCAUUUCACAGACCUCUCACAGAUCCCUUGCAAUGGCAAGGCAGCUGAUCGCAUUCACCAGGACGGACUUCACAUUCUAGUCAACAUGAACGGAUACACCAAAGGAGCCCGAAAUGAGCUGUUCGCCCUCCGCCCAGCCCCCUUACAGUGUAUGUGGCUGGGUUACCCUGGAACCAGCGGGGCUCCCUUCAUGGACUACAUUAUCACUGACAAGGAGACCUCACCUUUGGAGGUGGCCGAUCAGUAUUCUGAAAAACUUGCCUACAUGCCCCACACGUUCUUCAUUGGAGAUCACGCCAACAUGUUCCCUCACCUCAAGAAAAAGGCAGUGAUUGAUUUCAAGUCUAAUGGACACAUCUUCGACAACCGCAUUGUCCUUAAUGGUAUAGAUCUGAAGGCCUUCCUGGACAGUCUGCCAGAUGUUAAAGUAAUAAAGAUGAAGUGUGACAACAACCAGGAACCUGCUGGGGAAACUAAUGGAGCUCUGUCCAUGCCAGUUAUUCCCAUGAACACUGCAGCUGAAGCCAUCAUCAACAUGAUCAAUCAAGGUCAAAUCCAGGUCACAAUUAAUGGCUUCACUGUCAGCAAUGGCCUGGCCACCACACAGAUCAACAACAAAGCUGCUACUGGCGAGGAGGUUCCCCGCACAAUCGUUGUCACAACCCGCUCCCAGUAUGGUCUUCCAGAGGACUCCAUCGUCUACUGCAACUUCAACCAGCUCUACAAGAUUGACCCCCCUACUCUUCAGAUGUGGGCCAAUAUCCUAAAGCGUGUAUCCAACAGCGUGUUGUGGCUUCUUCGCUUCCCUGCCGUGGGCGAGCCGAACAUCCAGCAGUACGCUCAGAACAUGGGUCUGCCUGGCUCUCGCAUCAUCUUCUCCCCUGUGGCACCCAAGGAGGAGCAUGUGAGGAGGGGCCAACUGGCUGAUGUGUGCUUGGACACUCCUCUUUGCAAUGGUCACACCACAGGCAUGGACGUUCUCUGGGCUGGAACACCCAUGGUCACCAUGCCAGGUGAGACCCUGGCCUCCCGUGUGGCUGCCUCACAGCUCAACUGUCUGGGCUGCCCUGAGCUCAUAGCCCAGAGUCGUCAGGACUAUGAGGACAUAGCGGUCAAACUGGGCUCUGACAUGGAAUACCUGAAGAUGGUUAGAGCACGUGUGUGGAAGCAGCGAAUCUGCAGCCCUCUUUUCAACACCAAGCAGUACUCCAUGGACCUGGAGAGGCUCUACCUGCAGAUGUGGGACCACCAUAGCAAGGGCCACAAGCCAGAACCUCUGGUCAAUUUCCAGACAGAGACGAGUGAGAAUGCCUGAAGUGGAAGAUAUCGUUUCCCCAUUUACCCGAGCCAUGUAUAUCCCUUGCCAUCUGGUUAUUUGUUUUUUUCAGCCCCCCAGCUUGAAUCGUCAGCCUCCACUCCCUCCCCCGUUUCUGAGCAACUCCAUCUGUCUGUCAUUUACUAUUGAUGGGACUCUUAUUUGUGAAGGAGCCUAAAGAUGCACACAUGUGACACCCCAUCACAUCAUCUCAUCUGCAUUUCCUGAGCCAGAUAGAGCCUGAGACUUUCAGGCAGCUCAUCUGUGACUCUUGUCCUGAAAGUAUAUUUGGUGACCAUGAAGGGGUCGUGAAUGCCCUGCUUGCCCCUUCCGUACUUGGAUCAGUGGAUUUUUGUUUCUUCUGUCUGUGUGAACACAGGACUGACUGCAGCUUGUGGAGAGAAUGCCCAGCCAUCAUUACUCUUUGAAUCUAUUUAUUAAUGGAUAAAGAGUUUUGCGUGUUUUAAAAGACAAAUGUUGCACCAUGAAAAUUGUUACUCUGACUUGCUUUUCAUCAGCUUUAACGUGCAAAUGUAAAACAUAGAUUGCAAUUGUUCUUUAGUUUGUCUUAAGCUGUUAUUCAAUGAAUGCAAUUGGUAGAUGUGCAAGUUUUGAGGAAUAUGUCAAGAUAAAGAGUUCUUCCCCUCA